AUGAAACUUAGCAUUCUUGCAACCAUCUUCAUGGCAUUUGUAUCAUUUAAUCAAGCUCUUGGUUCAAUGACUCACGGCCUCAAGAGCGAAGAAGCAAUUGCAUCGGAUCUGGUCAACCACGCUCAAGAAUCAGGCUCUCCUCCAGGCUUUCCUCCAGGCUUUCCUCCAGGCUUUCCUGAUAUCUAUAUAUGUAGGGCUUGCGCGGCAAACGGGCAGUUAAACUCAUGCCGUGAUCACAAGAAAUAG